UGAAAGUUGCGUCUUUGGAGAGUGCCAUGAUCAUCAAUGUGCUGGAACAUGGCACACAGCAGGUGGCAGACUUGACUCUGAACGUAGAUGAUUAUAUUGAUGCAGAAGACCUGAGUGAUUUCCACAGGACCUAUAAGAACAGUGAGGAGCUUCAGUUUCAGAUCAGAUGUGGAAUUAUCACACCUAUCCAUGAGCAGUGGGAGAAGGCUCGUGUAAGCAGUCCCCAUCGGGAGUUCCCACCUGCCACUGCCAGAGAGGUGGACCCACUCCGGAUUCCCUCACACCACCCACACCCUUGCUGGCAGCCUCCUUGGUGUGAAACCCUGAGCCCUUUUGCUGUCGGGGGAGAAGACCUAGACCACGUCCGGUGUCAGAGAGGUGGCAUGAUUGUGGGUCCCCUGAGUUCUGACUUCCCAAGAGCACUUAUUGACCCAUCCUCAGGCCUCCCGAACCGGCUUCCCCCUGGUGCUGUGCCCCCAGGAGCUCGCUUUGACCCCUUUGGACCCAUUGGGACCAGCCCAUCUGGACAUCUCAGCCUCCCUUGCACUCUCCUGGAGCUGCCAUCACUGCCCUUGUCAGAACCGAGGCGCCUGCUGCAGCACCCCACCCAGCUGCAUAUAGGUCCCAAGGAGAAAUCUGUGUGUCUCUAUCAUCACCAGCUUCUCUCCACUUCCAAGGGAGACUCGGGCAACAUAAACCCUCCACCCGAUGCAGUCCCGGUCACAGCGCUAUAA